AUGCCUGCGGGGCCUACGAAAGGCGAAAAACCGGAAAAGCGUUCACUUCAGAGAGGCAGCUCCAAAAGAACAAUGGAAGUUGAAUUGAAGGAGGUUUUGCGUUUUUUGCAGACAUAUAUUUUUGAAUGUAUCUUUCUUUCUUCUCAAACACAUUCACUCGAAAGGAUGUGUUUAAAAAGAGAACAAAUUAUGACGCGGAGAAAUAGGAUUUUUUGUAGAAUAGCAUAUUUCUCAGAUAGCCGUUUUUUCAUUUCAAACACGACUUCAAAUUUACUGUGCCAGUGGAUAAAAGUUAUUUUUAGGGUAGCCCCAAGAAAGUUCGCAUGAGUGAGGAACCUUUAUGGCCGACAGGAGAUGAGGAGCCUCCAUUCCUUCCUAACGCUCCUGGCAGUAGUCAGGACAACUUCUCCCACAAUUACAGGGUUUGAAAAAUUCUCUUUUUAAAAUCUGUUUUUUGCAGCCAAGCCAAAAAUCAAGUUCCAGUCCUCAUGCAGAGACCAAGAAAAAGGUUGCAAUCAAAAAUUUGAGAAGUAAGCUGAAUAGAUUUAUGGUGAACGCAUUCUUUUCAUCUUUUUAAGAAAAAGACAGAGAGGUGGAAGAUAUAAACAGAAAUGGAGAAGGUCCCCUGAUUCUGCGAGAAGAUAUCGAAGAGUGGCCUGAGAUUCAAGAAAAUAUCGAUGCCAUUUUUUCGUGCACACCGACCAGAACCGGUCUUGAACAAUUAUUCACGGUUUGAAGCUUUUUCCAGAAAGUAUUUCGUUUUUGAGUUUUCAGCUCGUCCAAAUCGCUUGCGAGAAACACAAAAUGAGAACUAUACAUGACAAUCUGAGAGUGGUUCUGAUGGAUUUCGCAUUGAAACUUAAGUAAUUUGUGCUCUUAUUCUGUUGCCAAUCUAAAUCUAGGACCCAGCUCGAUAGUGGAGAUGUGAUGGCUCUUUCCGAAAGUACCUGUGAAGAAUAUUUGCUGCGAUUUUGGAAAAUUUGGCAAGUUUACCCGAUCAGAAUGGUCAGUUUCAUUUUUCUGUCAAAAAAGUGCUGAUCUCUUUUUAGGAGCUCGUACGCAAUGUUUUUUUGCACUUGGACAGGAAUGUUUCAGCUUCAUCGUGCGAAAUAGAUUUUCUACCCAUUUGGUUGGUGUGUUUUAGUUUCGUAUAGAUAACAUGUAUUUCUGAAGGGAAGCUUCGAUGCGUGUAUUUCGGCGAACUUUUUUCCUCGAGGUCAGCAAAGAGUAUCACACGAACAAGUUGUUCGUCGCUCUUUUCUACGACCUACAGAGAAUGAUGAAACGGCUCGAUGUUGGUUGAAUUGAGGAAAUUCCCUUGAAAGGAAGUUCCAGGCCGAAAGCAACGCGAUUCGUGAUCUGAUAUCCAUGAUUUCGACGGUUCGAGUGCAGGAGGAGUUUCUAGCCUAUUUGACCAGGGAGCUCAGAGAGUUCUACAACAACGAGAGACAUCGCUUACUUCCUGGCGCCUCGGUUUGUCGUUCCCCACUUCUAAAAUUCUCCACCGUCCAAGGAUAAUUAUUUCACUUUGUAGGAAUGCGUAUGAAAAGUAUUCUUGAAUAUUUUUCAGAUUUUUAGGGCUUUUUAUAUUUCAUUUUUGGUUCACUUGCCCAAUAAUAGUAAAUUUCAACAGGAAAGAUUGCUCUAACAAACCAUUAAUCAACUUCCAUAAAAGAUAGAUAAAUUGGCUACUUCAAAAAGAAAAAUUAAAGAUCUUCUAGUGAGUUGAACAAAUAAAAGUUUUAUUUAUUUCGAGAGUAGUAUCGAACGGAAAAGAAAGAAAACUUAUCAAUGUGCUAUUCGAUGAUCAUUUCAGGUUCUCGCGAUUUCGUUGAAAACAAAAAUAUCGUGAUAUUUUCGUAAUUCUAAAAGAGAAACGUUGCCUUUUUUCGUUUUUGCCUGUCGGAGGCGAUUCUCCAUCAAAUUCACCAACAAAUAAAAAAUUCCUUUCAAGUUUGAAUUUUUUCGAUUUAUGUAAAUACAAGCUAUUUAAUGCUUCUUGGGAGAUAAUAUAUAAUUCCGAAUAAACUAUAAUAAUAAAAAGUAAGAGGAGUUAGGUUUGAACCGAUCCGAAAAACAUUCUUAAUAAUAUCAGCUAGUGAGAAAUUUAAUGGAGAAUUUAUUCGCUUUUCAAAAACUAAUUGAUGAUAUGAGCGGUAUUAUUUUCUAGCCAAGAAUCCAAUUGUCCAUUGAUUGACGGAUGUGUCAGUCAUUAGAAGAAGGAAAUAAAUGAAAGGGAAAUCGAAAAUUCCUGCCAUGUGUGGAACUGAUUACAGUGCGGAGAGUACAUGAGGUACGUCGACGGUCAAGUCAACGAGUACGCCCAUCUGAUGCAGCUCCACUUCGCCGACGUCACCGCCUUGAAGGCUGUCCACAGCGUUCUCCUGGAGACCCUCGUCGCCUCUGCCCUGCCUUACGUCUUCCAAAAUGGUUCAUUCUAUCACAAACAAAAAAAUUUGAACAGAAUUUCAGAAUUUAAUUGAAGGUUUCUUUUGAUGUUGUUGACGGGAUUUUCACUUUCCUUUAGUUCUAUAAGACUAAAUAUUAGAGAAGAAAAGAUGCCGCGAUUCGUCUCUUUCUGAGCUGUUCGUUUUCAAACGUUCUCGGACAUUGUUAAAGUGAAAUGAACGCGAAUCAGACGUGUCGGGUGACCACUUUAGGCGUCAGCACUCUUAAGUAAUCCCUAGAAUUUCUCAAAAACGUCCGUUUCGCUUUACCAUUUUCCGAAUUUGUAUCAGAAGUUGUUUUGAAAAGCGGCAGGGAUCAUUUUAAUGUUUAUAACUGUCCCGCUUCGAGAGCUAGAGCAACAAUAUUUUCUAACUUUCGUUUAUAGCCUUCUUUCGGAAAGGUUUUUUUUUCCGAGAAAGAAAAAAAGAUGACUUCAAAAGUCGACAAAAAUAUUUUUCGGCAGCGGAGUGUUUUUUUUAAACGUUCCUUUUUCAUUUCUUUAAAGACAUUUAAAGGAGGAAAGUGGAGGCAUAGAAACAAUCAAUUUCGGCUUCUCACUUUCGGAAUUCAGGAUUCGAUCUCCUGAUGACGUCACCAGACGUCGAAGACGCGAGGUGCACGUUCUCGCUCUGUGUACAGUGUUCUGGAGGCGAGGAGACGAUGCGCAACCAUUUUGUUGCAUUCAUCAAAGUUUCUCUCGAUGCAAACGGCUCUUCUAAUCGUUUGGAUGCAGAAAACUGGAACUCAGCUGAUGAGCUCGUGUCAGGACGCCGACUUCUUUAACGAGCUCCUCUCCUUCAAAAAGCGAAUGGACCGCAUCGGUAUUUUUCGUCUUCGAGAUUUUCUCAUGGUCCGUUCUUUGCAGUGACUGAAGCGUUCCGUGGAUGUUUGGACGAAGUCAAGUUCCGACAAGCCGUUUCUGAUUCAUUUGCGUCGUUCAUCAACACUGGAGGGAACAAGGCGGCAGAGCUCAUUGGUUUUUUUUUUUUCAAAUCUGCAGCUUAAAAGUUCUACUUUAGCCAAGUAUUUCCACGGGCUUCUACGAAAUUUGAACAAAAAUCUGUCCGACGACAAGCUGGAUGAAAUGCUCGAUGACGCGAUUGUCAUUUUCCGGUUUCUCCAUGGUUUCAAUAGUUUCUCCGCUUGAAUUUGAGGCCUUCUUUUCAGGAAAAGACGUUUUCGAGGCGUUUUAUAAAAGGGACCUGGCCAAGCGACUUCUUUUGGAUCGCAGUGCUUCUGUCGAUGCUGAAAAAUCAGUUUUGUCCAAGCUACGCAAUGGUUUCUCUUGUUUAUAUUCGUUUUCAUUCCCCGUUUCUGCAGAGUGUGGCGCCGGCUUCACGCACAAGUUGGAAGGAAUGUUCAAGGAUAUGGAGACGUCCGUCGACUUGAACCAGCUCUUUCAACAGGUUUUUGACGGCCUUUUUUCAGUCGGCUUUUCAUUAGAUAAACACAAUCUCAAAAGGGUAUUUGUUUCUCUCUGAGUGUUUUUUUUUGUGACGAAAACAGGAACAGCCAUCUUAUAAAGAUACAUGUAAAAAUAAAUGAAGUAUUCUGUAGCGAUGUAAAAAGAAGGAAGAAGAUUUCUUGUUCAGCACUUGGAGCAUGUGAAGAAGCCGCGCUCAAAUGUCAACGUCCGAGUGUUGACGACGGAACACUGGCCUUCCUACGAACUCUAUGAGGUAUCAAACCAUCAAGAAUGCCCUGAACUCACUGUGUGCUAGUCAAUAAAAUAGAAAAAAAUGCUUUCAAUGAUUUUUCUUUUCAUUUCCCUGGAAUUUAUCGAAAAAAAAACCGAUUGGCACAGGAUUAUGAUUCAAAAAUCUAGAUCAAUCUGCCGAAACAGUUGCGGGACUCUUUGACUGACUUCACCGAUUUCUACCGAUCGCAACAUGGAACCAGAACUCUCAACUGGCACUACGCCCUGAGCACGGCCGUCGUGACCGCCAAGUUCAGGCCUGGGGUCUGCCGAAAGCGAAUUUCCGAGUUUUGACUCCUCGUCUUUCAGUGCACCAAAGAGUUGAUCUUGUCGCUUUACCAAGCCGUAGUCUUGCUUUUGUUCAACGGCUGCGAGAAAUGGACGCUCCAAGAAGUUGUCGACGCUACGAAGAUCGGUCAGUAAUGAUUGUCAGCCUGGGGAUAUUGAAAAUCCAUUCUUUGUAAGGCAGGGUGAAUGAAUUUACAUCAAAUAGUACUCAAAGAUGCGUUGACAUUUUGCUGUAAUAGUGAGAAAUCUUCCUCAAAACAAUCACAGAAAGCGAUAAACUUUCAAUCAGCUCCAAAACACAUCGUGACUGCUUUGUACACUAAGAAUAACUGACGAGAUAAAUGCGAGCUCGGUGGCGGUACAUUGACUAACUCGCAAAAAUGUCGCUUUUUUCUAGGCGCGAUCCCGCAUUUAUCUCGACGCGACCUCGCAUUUUUCUCGGCGCCAUCUCGCAUUUAUCUUGCAUUUCGGAAAUUUUCAAAUUGCGAGAGAAAUGCGAGCUCGCGCCUAGAAAAAUGCGAGCUCGCGCCCAAACAAAUGCGAAACCGGCGCGAGAAAAAAUGCGAGAUGUUUGCGAGCUCGUCAAUGUACCGCCAGUGUCUCGCGUUUAUCUCGGCAGUUAUUCUUAGUGGUAGAUUCACAGGGCGAGAAAAAUGGACUAGGAAAAAUUUUUAUUUUUAUUCUCAUCCCAGGGUUUUUUUUAAAGGAGCAAGUCCAGAAGGCAAAAUGGAAUCUGCAAAAAGUACCUAAAAAGACACGAUUUUCUUUUUCCAGUGGUUAAUCUGUUCUUUUUUUAUUUCUUGCAUUCUUUUUUCUUUCGUCUUUGCAUUGGAAAAUUUUCUUCGAAUCUGUCGGCCAAUCUUUCAAAUGACAAAGUUUUGUGUAAAGAUAUGAAUCACAAAAUGAGAUUGAAGAAGUGAAAACAUUCAUUGUUAUUAACUGAUUGCCAAAAAGAUUCCAUCCAUUCCGGCAAUUCAGCUUUAUAAUUAAUCAUUGUUACCUCGGAAGUUGAAUGAUGGGAUUUGCCGUGUUCGAUUCGACGCAUGAGUUAUGGUUCUGUUCCAGAAAGCACCGAGGUUACGCGAACAAUUCUUUCGUUGGUUGGUGGCCGCGACGCGAAACCGCGAAUCAUCUGCAAACUGCCUUCCACUUCGGAUCGAGACGUGCGCAGAGAAAACCCUCAACAAAUGGCUAUUAUUUUAAGAUUCAGAAACCCGAAACGACCAUCGAGAGUGUCGGCAAGGACUCCUUUGUCGUUAACGCGGCCUUCGACUCCAAACUCUAUCGGGUCCGAGUGGCGCAGGUGCAACUCAAAACACCGGUAGGUUCUUUUCACCAGAAAAGGAAGAUGGUUUCUGGAAAAAAUUGUUUUGUAGAAAGAAGAAAAGGAGAUAGUGGAGGCCGAGGUAAACCACGACCGGCAGUACCAAAUCGAUGCGGCCAUCGUACGGAUAAUGAAAUCCCGCAAAGAGUUGUCCCAUCAGAUGCUCGUCGCUGAGCUGUUCAAGCAACUGAAGUCCGUCUUUUAUAAGUUUCUCCACUCAACCCAAGAUUCUUUGGGAAUUGUGUCUAAUUUUGAGGCCGAAAGUCUACCUAAUGCAGAUCUCAUCAAGAUUUUUGAAUUUAAGAAUACUAUUAAACUGUGAGAAGUACUAUUCUGAAAAAGGAACUCCAAACUCUCAACUCUUACAAAAUCAACAAGAUCGGAGAAAAAUCUGGGAGAAACUGUUUUUCAUACGUUUCCAAGUUUAGAAUGUUUGAUUCGAAAUUCGAUAUAGUCCGUUUUUUGCGACUUGAAAGGGGGGGGGGGGACUUCUCUGCGCCCUCAUCGUCUCUCGAUGACCCUCUCCUGUUGACGCGCUGUUUUCGCGUUUCUGUGACCUCGCCGGCGAGGGAACAGAGAGACUCAGACACUCGAAAACUGACAAGUCGCGGCGGACGGACUAUAGGAGCACGGAAAAAAGAGUUUCUUUGCCUGGUUGUACCUUUUUGGAGCUAACGUACAUAUGAAACAUCCUCGAUGAGAAAAUUUGAGUGAGGGACAUUUGGGAUAAGGUUUGAAGAAGAAACUUUCACGGCCAACCUAAUAGUUUAUUCAUCGCGUUCGUACUUUAUCUGAUCUUUUUGCUUUCAGAUUCCCGAUGAACGCGGCAGACAUCAAGCUGCGAAUCGCGUCUCUCAUUGACCGCGAAUAUGUCGCGCGCGAUCCCAAUGAAGUCAACGUCUACCGAUACGUCGCCUGA